AUGAAUCAAAGCUCCCAGCGCUACAAGGAGAUCGCCCUGGCCAUGCUGGAAAGCGGGGAGUGGUCUGAUGUGACCUUCAUGACGCGGGAUGGUCAGCGUGUCGUGGCGCACAGGCUGAUCCUCUCCAUGCACAGCGCCGUCUUUGCAGCCAUGUUCGCCGCCGAGAUGAAGGAGAAGACGGACGGCGUUGUGAACUUGGUCGACAUGGGGGGCGACGCGCUCAAAAUCUUGUUAAAGUUCGUCUACACGGACGAAAUGGAUGAAAAAUGGGGCCAGUUUUACGGCGAGAUUGUCAACGCAGCUGAUAAGUAUCAACUCACAUCCUUGACCAAUAUUUGUGAUAAGCUUCUUCCGACACUCGUCUCAUGGGAAAAUUGCACAGAGCUGUUGAAACUUGCCGAAUUGCACGGGAUGCCCGGUGCGAAGGGAGAGAUUGAAGAAUUUAUGAAAAGUGACCCGGGAAAAUUGCUUCAGUUGUACGUGUCAUCCAGCCAUUUAAUUGUUGACAACGAUAUGCCUUAA